AUGAAUAAAGAAAAUAACACUCUUAUUCUUACUCAGAAUUAAGUGAAUAGAAAAACGAUGAAAAUUAAUUCAAAUGAUAUGGACUAAUUUGUCAAUUCAAGAAUUGUUCAAUUAUAAAAAUAAUUAUUAGAUAAAGAAUUAGAAAUUGAAAAUUUAUCAAAAUUAAACUAAGAUCCGAAAAAUUAGAAUUCAAAUAAAUAUCGAUUAUUAGAAAUCAAACAGUAGACUCUUAUAAGUGAGAAUUAGUAAAUGAAGACACAAUUAUAAUAAUAUGAAUCCUUAAAUAAGACAUUAUAAAAUAAAUGUGAUUAAUUUUAAACAAAGUUUGAAUAAUUAAAUGCUGUUUAUGAAGAGACUUAAAAAUAAUUAGAAUAAGAAAGAUAAGCAAAAUACAAUAUACAAUUUUAAUAAUCUUCAAAUCAUAUGGAUGUCUAAUAAGAAAAGAUAUUAAUUAAAACUUAAUUAGACAAUCUCAGAAAAGAAAAGAGUUAAUUAAUAUUAAAAGUUAAAGAAUUAGAAAAUUCAUUACAAUUACGUGAAUAAAAUACUAAUACAAAUUGUUCAGAACUAUCUUAAUUGAAAUAAUAGUUAUAAUAGUAAAUUAAAAAAUCAUCAGAAUAUCUAGAGAAAACACAUACAUUGGAAGUCAAAAAUACUGUAUUGGAAGCAUAAACUAAAUCAAAUCAUUCUCAUAAUGAUGAAUUGAGAAAUUUAAGAUCAUAAGUUAUUUAAUUAUAAAAAGAUAAGAAUUCUCAUCUUGAAAUAUAAUAAGACUUAGAAAAUAAAUUAAGAUUGUAAACAGAACAUGUUUUAAAAUUAUAAAAUUUAUUAAAUGAUAAAACUAAAUAAUUGGUCAAAUGUCAAGAAAAAUUAAAUUAAUUUGAAUCUAUUGAAGAAGAUAAUUCAAUUUUAUAAUAGGAUUUAGAAAAGAUUACUAAUUCAAUGGAAGAAAUAUAAUUAGAAAAUUAAAGAAUUGUUAAAUUUUAAUAACAAAAAAUUGAUUAAUUAAAAAAAGAGCUAUAAUAAACAGAUUUUAUUAGGGAAGAGAAUAAUAGAAAAUAGUAAGAAAUUGCAUAAUUAUAAUAUUAAAUUGAAAAGAAAUAAGGAGAAUAAGAAAAAGAAAAAGAAUAACUAGAAGAAGUAAAAUAUUUAUUUUUAAUUUUAGUUAUCAUAAUUAAAAGAAAUGUCAAAAUAAUGGGUUUUAGAAAAAGAAAAUUAUUUAAAGAAAAUAAAUUUAUUAACUGAUGAAAUUGAUAAAAUUGCUAAGCAAUAAUAUGAUUAAUUAAGAAUUUAAGUGGAAACCUAAAUAUAAAUGAAAUUUUCAGCUGAAAAAGUACAAUUAGAAAAUCAUAUUUGGUAAUUAAGUUCAUAAAUUAAUGAUUUGUAAGCAUCAUUAGAAUAAUAUACAACUAAACAUAGUUAAUUAAAUAUUGAGAAUGAUUAAUUAAGGGAAUAAAUAAAUGAAAAACAAAUUACCUAAAAAACAGUAAUAGUUUUAGAAGGAUAGCUUAGAAAUUCAUGUAGUGAACUGGAGAAAUUGAAAAAUAUGUUCAUUCAAAGAAAUCAAGAACUUGAAUUAGCUAGAAAUAAGAUUUUAGUUCUAGAAAAUUGUGCAAAUUAUGCUUAAGAAUUAGAAAGGAAGGUUCAAACUUUAAUGUAAGACAACUAAAGAUUAAAUUCAAUUAUAAUGGAUAGAUGUAAAAAUAAUUGGUGA